AGGUCCUCAUUGAAUCGGAAAAAAAAAAUCGAUGCAGUUUCACAUAGCGCAAAUGAACAGGUAGUUUAGCUCGUCGUUAUCGAUCGUAUUUGAACUUGUUAUCUAUAAAAUGUACCUAACAGCGGUGGCAAACUCGUCGGAGUUUCUCUGAACGGAACGAGGACGAAAUUUGUCACCUGCUUUUGGCCGACGUUUUGAACGCGAACAAAAUGCAUCUUCCUACUUGGCUUUGAGCUGAACAAUUGGUUUUGGUUUGAUUUUCAUUCGAGUUUUUUGAAAGCGUAAUUUCAUCUGUACGAUGGUGGACGGUAAGUUGCGAAGCGAAUCCGCUCAGCGGGUGCCGGCGAAACCCUACAGCGACGCGAUGCUCCCGUCCCAAGACAUGUUCCCUCCCGGAGGAGACCAACUGUUGUCUGCAACGGCUGGAAACUCCAGGUCCGCAUCCCACCAGCGCACUUCGUGCCGGAUUGCGUGGGAGUUGGCCAAUGUUGGCAAGAUCAUCCGCGGGUUGCCAAAAAGACCGGACAACGGCGGCGGGAGCCGGUCGGCGACGCCGGCGCAGCAACAACCGCGCAACCCCAACCCGCACAAAGGCCUGGACAUGAUGCGCCGUGCGUCCGGAGCGCGAGAGGCAUCCUGCGGUGGUCCGCGGGAGCCACGGCCCAAACCAAAAACGGGUCCCUUCUGCGGCCGUUAUCGGCCACCCAUCCGUGGAGCGCACGGGGCUGCUGCAAAAUCCGAAGCGGAGAAGAAGAUGAACCUGGAGACGCGACAGUCGGUGUCCGUCAUUCGCGAGGCGUGGCGCGACAAGGAGCGGCGCGGGUCGUUUUCGGGAGGCCCAAUGCUUGUGGGGAAGGAGCCUGGAAAACCGCCCAAGGCACUGUACCACUACGGGCCCGCUCGCAACCUCCCGAAGAGUGACAACCCGAACGCCGCGGCGUCGGAGGCCGCGGAAUUCGUCGCACGGCAGCGCCAAGCUGCUGCAGCAAGUUCAUCGUCGAGACGUACGUUGAUUCAUUUCUUUUUAGUCGAUGUUUGGUGUAGCUGUAUGCUAAAUUAAGAUCAAGAUUUUUACACCGUCACAUGAAGUAGUUUGAAUAAGUACAACUAAUGAUGAAAGAAAAGCUUUUCAUGAUUCAACAUUCAGGUCGCGAGCGAACCGUGGGGGACAGUCGCGGGAUAGAAGCUAUUCCAGAGGACAUGCAGCGCACAAAGCACAACCUGCGUGAUCUCGACCGCGGUUUUUUAUCGGGGGUCGAGAAUCUGAGCACGAGAAUCCUUUCUCAUUCCGUCGACCGGUCUGUGCUCGCGAACCUCACCGACGUAAACAAAGAGCUGGCCGUUGCGCCGAAACCUACUGCCAGCAAGGCGAGUGUUCAACCAGAGGGGGAGCGCGCAGUGGUGUAUCCCGCUGAGAGCCAGAAUUUCACCAUUGCGACGCCGUUGGAGGAGGGCCAUGGUGGCAAGUCUGUUGAGUACUCCAUCGAGAAGCACUACAAAUUCAGCGCGUACAAUAGCCCGAACAGCGGGCAACGACGAAUUCGAAAGAACGGAUUCGGUCCGCACGACUUCCAGGUCGUUUCGGUAUCUCCGUCCCCGCCUCCGGUUCCAGAGGAAGAGGAAAAUCGAGAUUCUGCCACGAAGUCAUCGGGUAGCAAAACUUCCGAACCUCCCUCUGCAGCAGAACGCGCGAGGCAGGGCGAAUUACUGCCUCAAGAAGCCGAGUCGGCAAUUAUAUCCGACGUUGCGCCAGCAGAAAUCGAAGAGCAAGCAGCCGCAAUAGAAGACCCAGACGAGAAGGAAGAAGCAGUUAUUUCCGCUGAAGAGCGUGAAGACGGCAUGGAAGUUGUAGACGACAACGGGCUACGUGUUUUCACAACACCCCUGGCGGAAUCAAAGAAGCAGCGUCCAGACGACCAGCCGUCACCAAAUGUGUCUGGACACCAGGAACUAUUCUCCUACUCGGGUGCGCUUCGCGAAAACCGGACGGAGGACCCUCCUGGGAACAUGGAGCUGAUAAGCCGCUCGGCGAAACGCAACAUCAACCUGCAGUCCUGGGUAAUGACGAGUGCGGAGCCGAAGCCGGCGGUGAAAGCAGAAACCAUCAGCAGAACUCGGAGCACGCCCAGUCCGCCGGUCGCCCUGAAGCCCCCGGUGAUGGAAAGCUUGAUGCAAGAGGCGGCAGCGGCUUCCCGUGGUGGCUCUGCCAGAGAGGAGCGAGGAGCUGCACAGCGCGACGAGAAUGUGACUGGUGAGCAGCGUCGUGAGACGAGUUCCAGUUCGAGCAGGCCAGCCGCGCAGCGCAAGGUCGUCGUGCCGCACCCCGACAUGUUCCGGAAGACCUCUAGUGGCCCGCCCGUGAUCCGUUCGCUGUUCAAGAGAGCCUCUCCAGAACAGCCCCCGACCUCCGAGAAGGAGCAAGUAGAAGUUUUCCUCGCCUCCUCGCCCGAUGCUGUUGCCGGGAGGGCCGCCAAGGGAGCUCGCCUCGGACCGGGGAAGGCAGUUUCGCGCGUUUCGUCCGGCACCAGCGCAUUUGAUGGCGUACCUGCACCGUCUCCUACGACCAUGUCAGGACAGCAAGAGCGGGCAUCGAGUUCAUCGUCACAGCCCCAAGAACUGGUCCGACCGAGGUACACACGCCAAGAUGAUGAAGUAGGCCGGACACCGCAGGAUAACUCGCCGACGGAUCGCUCGAAAAGGCAGCGACUUUCGGGCGGCAGUGUUGGCACACCCGCCGUUGCGUCUGCAUCGGAUCUUAACACGCUGCCUACUGUGAAUGUUCUGGUCCAUGGUGAUCUGUCCUCCGCCGUCAAUCUGGCGAACACGGCUGUUAACAACAAGCGCCCUAGUCGCGAGGGAAGAAGUAGCCGGGAGAAGGUGCAGCUCGUCCCACCCGCAUUGGUGAUCGAAGACCACUUCAACAACGAGUUCGGCCCUACGGGCGACAGCGUGGCCAGUGGAAGUCCGGUGACGUUCGCGACCGAAGACUCGCUGGAGUUGUCUGAACCAGAGGACGGACCCACGGUCUCCGUUGCAGCUGCCCGGUCGCCGAAGAUACCUGUGCCAGCGGGCGUUAGUGCGCCGGGGGAAACGACUGCCGCGGUUUCAUCUCAAGCGCAGCCCGAAAGGAGCGCGGGGGCCGCUUCGUCGUACCCGAUCGACCAUACGCAAGACGAGUCGUUCGCGGCUGCGACCGACGAGAUGAUGCUAACUGCGGAAUCGCAAAAGAUCGACACCACCAGCGCGCCUCUGCUUGGUGGGCCUGGAAGUGCGGGCGAGCACGAUAGCCGCGCGUCCUCGAAAAAUUUACUGAUCGGCGAACAGAACCGUUCCAAUUCGGCUGGCGCAGCAGUUGUGGGCCUUGUCUCCAAGGAUAGCAGUAUCUCUCUAACCAGAACCGAUCUGAACGUCGCUCCCGCUGUGGACGGUGCCGUUGAUUUGAUUGGUGGGGGAGCGGUCGAAUCCCGAGUGGGUACAAAAACGCUGUCGCUCGACGGUACCGGAGCCGGCGAUCACCUUCAGCGCAGUGGCCCGCCGGGGAGUAUGACCGGGCCGGGUUCGGAAGACGGAGCUGCGGUGGGAGAGAUGACUACAAGCGCCGCGGAUGCGCCUGUGGUGCUGACUAGGGGCCAGGUCGCGAACCUGGUCAGUGCUGGUCUGAUGAAGGACGGCGUGGGUGCGGCGCUCCUGGCCAACACCGCUGGGUUGGCGCCCGCGGCCUUGGUGCGAGUGGAGGAUCUCCCGGGUCUCGGUAUGGAUGCCACUCCGGUGCUGGAUGCCGAUUCCGCAGUCCCAUUGCUAGGGACGAACAUCAACCCGGCAGACAGAACGGCCAUCUCUUCGAGCGCACCCAGCGGUGCUGCGACGCCGAAGACAGGGGGACAAGAGGAAGUGUUCGUCACGCCGUCGAAGCUGCCGGAAGGGUCCCCGGUCAAUCUCAUCACGCCGCCGCCAAACAAGGGACAGACUCCGGCAUCGCAGAAACGCCGAUUGACGGUCUCCGCGACGACGCCGGCCUCCGGGCUCCACGUGAACAUCCUUCCCGGAGAAGCGACGCCAGCGGAGGUGCCCGAGGCUGGUACAGCGCAGGAGUCUACUUCAGUGGCUGCCCCAGAAGAUGCGGCUGAUAAUGCUGACAUCCUCUCUGCACCAGCAACUCUCCCCCCGACGGUGCCAGAGAAAGCGCCAGCAGUACCUCCGGCGGCGAAAGGUAAGGGUAAAGGUUUGCCUGCGCCACCAGCGGGGAAGAAGGGACCGGGCCCUGCAGUGCCCCCAGCGAAAGGCGCUCCUCCCGCUGCCAAGAAGGGCGAGAAAGCACCGCCCGCCGUCCCACCUGCGAAGGGUGGCAAAGCCACACCCCCGCCGGCCAAAGGCGGACCCCCUGGCAAGGCCGGCGCAUCAUCUCCCGCGCCGCCGGGCAAAGGUGCUCCCGUACCCGCGGGGAAGAAGGGAGCCGCGAUUCCAACGGGCUCCGGCGAUGGCAAGGGUAAGAAGACGAAAGGUUCCGGCAAGGGAACCAAAACCGAGGAAGAAACUGCUUCGCCCCCACCGGAGUUAAAGUACCGGAAGACCGCCAUCCAGGGUAUCGAACAGGGCGAUCUGAGGCCGAUUUUCUGGAACCCCGUCCGUUUGGACGUGAACAAGGACCAGAACACGAUUUGGGAUAAAAUCGACAAGAACCCGGCGAGGGCGUCACUGGAUGUGAUCGCCCGUUUGUUUGGAACUUCUCAGAAGAAGGAGCCCGCCGGCAAGAAAACGAAUGCGGCCAAGGGUCUUCACCGGCUGAAUGCGUUCAACGACGGGCAUUCCGGGGACGCGCUGUACCGCAAGACUUUGAAGACGACGCCGAAGAAAGUCACACACUUCGAUGCGAUGUCGGGGCAGCAAAUCGGCAUCAUGAAGUCGAAGAUGCCGGGUCAGGGCCGAGAUUUUCGCCUCUUGCGCCAGUGCUUCGCGACGCUCACGGGCAUGGACUACGAGCAGCUGAGCCAGCUCCGAUCAACCUUUCCGGACGAUGAGAACCUGGCGCAGCUGCAUGUGCUAGUCGAGCAAGAAAAGGAGCGACUGGAGAAGGAAAAUAGAGAGUAUAUCGAGCAAUUCGCGAAGAACUACGUCGCGCGCACCGUGCGCGGGAUCGAGGAACGCAUUGUUCUAGAAGGGCUUUCUCUCACGCCCGACUGGCGGGUCGUCUCUACCAAAACAAAGCCGGGCGGGAGCGCUAGCGACCCACCGCCGGCUUUGUCCUCCUCGAGCAGUUUCUCUUCGGCUGCUGGCUCGUCCGCGAUGGACUCUGCAAACAGCGCCAAUGCAGCGACACCGAGCAUGGUCACGCCUCGAAGUGCGAGCGCAGCGACGCCGCGAAGCGUGAGCGCCGCGACACCGAGAGACGAAAAGCAAGGCGGAACAUCAAACAAGGUGAGCGCAGUGUUGCAGCAGGCAGCGGAAGGAGGAGAUGCGACCGCAGCGGCCUCCAGUAGUACCAGCGGCAAUCGAUACCUGAGCCCGGACACGGUGAGGGAGAUCCGCGAUCGCAUGGAUAGGACCGUGGAACGAAGGCGACAGCACGAGGAGGAUCAGUUGGCCGUUGAUGAGCUGAACCACUCUGACGUCGAAUACCACCUGGACCUGCGCACGAAACCCGCUCUGGGGGAGGUGGAGGAAUACUGUUUGCACAUGCUGCAGAUUCCCGACUUUCGUUUGCGUCUGCAGGUGUGGGUCACUACAGAGGACUACCCAGCGCUUUACCAAGAUGCGUCGCAAAACGUGCGCUACGUUAUCGACGCCUGCGAUUUCCUGCUGCACAGCCCUUCGGUGGUGAGAUUGUUUGCCACUUGCGUGGAGAUGGGGAACUACAUGAACGCAGGCAACAAGCAACGGGAGCGCGCCGAUGGCUUUGUCCUGGACAUUACGCAACAAAUGAAGCAGAUCAAGACAACGCAAAAGAGUUUGGGGGAAGAGGAAUUCGCAGGCUUGCUCAGCAAAAAAGCCGGCCGGUCGCGCAGCAAAACGGACCCCGGAACGAAUUUGUUGCGGUCGACCAGCAGUAGAGGAGAAGGGCAGGAAGAUGCGGGUUCGAACCCCGUCACACCCACCUUUGGCGCCAGCAAAAGUCUCAUGGUAACUGCCGCUUCGUCACAGAACGCGGAACCAGCGCCGCGGUCGGCUUCUAGCCGCAAGCGCCUGCAGCGGGACAGCCUGAAUAGCGACACGCUUUCGGAAGAUGAGGACGCCGCGCCGCACACGCAAGCGGCGCGGAUUACGACGAAUCCAGGGAGUCCGGCAGGAAGUCUUAGUAGUGUGCCAAGCAGCCCGAAAAGCCCCACUAGCGCUGACGAGGCACCACCUUCCUACGGAUCAGAUUUCAUGCACCUGGUGAAAGACCCAAAAGAGUUACCAGAGUGCCGCGACUUCUGCGACUCGCUUGUGAUGCACGCCGGACUGCAAGCGAUCCAACCCAUCUUCGCCUACAGUAACGGAAGAAUAGAGAGCUACUACGAGAUCAUUUGCAAGGCCGCACGGUUCAACGCCGCCGACCUGGCCAAAGCAUGCACUGGUACUGAAAUAGUUACAAGUUGAGUUGUUUCCGUGGGGUUUUUUCCUUUUUGCGGAACGCCACGCGAUUUUUUGCUAGAGCGCGGAGUAGAUGUUCGUCAGAUAGUUCGAGCUGUGAUCAACGAUACUGUUUGCUGCAUUUCUCUGCAUUAAAGAAAAGGGAUCGGAUUUUUUCGGAACUACCUAAACUGACAACGGAACCGACAUUCACCAUACCGUGGCGAUUCGCCUUCUUGUUCGUUUCGUUUGCUUUUUUGUUUUUUGUUUUCUCGUCUUUCGUUUUCUUCUUCUUUUUCUAUUUCUUAUUCUUUCUCGAUCUAAAAUAGAUAUAGAUCUUGUUUUCUCUUUUCUCUCUCUCUUCCUAGGGGGGACAAAAAUUGCGGGAUUUGCGCACGUUCAAUGGCCGCAGCCCCGCCGACCGUUCGUUCUUGUCUGUCUCCCCACCUGUGUGCCCCGCCGGUCAGCCAAAUGGUCUUUCGUUUCCAUUGUCCUGCCUGUGAGGCAGCGUCCCAAGUCGCGCCCAGCGAAAGACGAAAGGCGGAGCACACCAAGGCUCCCGGCUUGUCCUGGCUAUUUUUCCUCGUGCCUGGGGUUUUUGGUAAUUCAUUGACGGGCAUUUGCAGAGGCCGCGCAACCGCCUCCACAAUGUGGAGGUGGCUGCGCGGCCUCGGCAAAGAAAAUUUUUGGCCGAUAUUGUUACACGAUCAGGGGGGUAAAACGAUCAACCGCCCUCACCGGGUAGUCCGAUCGUGUGGGAGUCUUGAAAUCGGUUGGCUCUGGGUUGUUCUAGGCCAUGAAGCGCCGGCCCUUAUGUGUGGGGCGCUUUGGUACCGCUUUCGAUCAUCCUCCCCCUGCCCCUAUCGUUUCCCUUUCAUGUGGAUAGGAGUUGAGCACUUGCCGAGCUGGGUGGUGGUUCUGUCCCAACAAAAGUUGAGGCAAUUUUCGUGAAGUUUCUGAGGGAUCAGAUCGCCCGGCCCCAUCCGAGUGAAAGCGAAGCCGUUGGCGGUGGCGCCCAGACUAGUUCUUCUGCUCUCUGUCUAAUGACAGAAUACGCACCCAUUGCAAGCAUUUCCGUCUCUAGGAGACCAGGCAAAGAGCGUGAAUUCCAACGAACCAAAAGCCGGCGCCCUUGCUCUGUGAGUGUCUCGGCUCACGCGCUUCCUUUCGCAGACAGCGUCGCUUCGUAACUAAACCGAUUCGAUCACUUUCCCACCCUCGCAAGCUCUGUCUCACCUGUGUGGGAGCCAUGCGCACAGAAGCCGUCUAUCUACUUCUAGGCGCUAGCCGGAGCUUCCCUGGGUGUUCUGUGUUUCCAUUUCAACACCUAUUUACUGCUUCGGGUUCCGUUUUCAGUCUGGGCCCUUUUUUUUAAAAAAACACGACAACAUGCGGGGAAGGAUCCAAGGGUCGCGAAAAAGUUCCGUUGUCAGUUUAGACAGUUCCAAAAAAAGCCAUAUCCUAAAGAAAAUAAAGAUGAAACUUCCUUGACAUUUAGCCAAAAAACAUAUACUAUACAGCUUUGACCGGGCAAGUGAAUGGUGCGAUCAAUCUUACGAAGAAACUGCCGGAAGGUCGGGUUGACGAGCCAUUGAUCCAGCGGCGGGCUUUGCUCGAGAGCAAGCUGCCGGAGCUCGCUGCAAUGAAAGAAAUGCUGGCGGAGGCCGAGGACAAGUAUCAGCAACUUCGCACGUACUACGCAGACGGCAUGGGUGGACACGGAAAGGCGCGAGAAUACCCAGACUUGUUUCGCCUCUUCCAAGACUUCUUCACCGGGCUGCGGGACAGCUACACUCAUAUCAAGAAAGCAAAAGACCGCUUGGAGGAGAGAGCGCGGCGGCAGAGAUCGUUAGCCAGCCGCAGGCGCGCAUCCGUCGCGUCGGGAGACACCCCAGUAGAGAAUAAAGACAGACGAGCAGGAGAACACUCAUCGAAUGUGGAAAUGCCAUCUAUGCACCGCAAGAUUCGCAAACGCAACAGCAUCGCUUGAGCGUGUCGAGUGAGAAGGAGCACUGAAAAGAAAAAAUUAAAAACAAAAAAUGAAACGGA